GAUGCCGGCUGCCGUUAAACGUCAUAGAAGAAGAAGAAGAAGAAGAAAAAAAAAGAAAGAAAAAAAAAGAAUGCUCGUUGUUGUGUUAAUUGUCAGUUGGCGGUAGAGAAACGAUAUGGCGACUACAAGCCGCGGAGAGGCUCUGACUCUUCCCAGAGUUCAUUGUCCUGACCACCCUGACGCCAUCCUGGUGGAGGACUACAGAGCAGGAGACAUGAUUUGCCCAGAGUGUGGCCUCGUAGUGGGUGACCGUGUGAUUGAUGUGGGCUCGGAGUGGAGGACAUUUUCCAAUGAGAAAGCCCUCAAAGAUCCCUCCAGAGUGGGAGAUGCCCAGAACACGCUGCUCAACGGGGGCGACCUCACCACCAUGAUCAGCAAGGGAACAGGUGCAGCUAGCUUUGACGAGUUCGGCAACUCGAAGUACCAAAAUAGGAGGACAAUGAGCAGCUCGGACCGGGCCAUGCUUAACGCCUUCAAGGAAAUAAACACCAUGGCAGACCGCAUCAACCUUCCCAGGAAUAUUGUUGAUAGAACAAACAACUUGUUCAAACAGGUGUACGAACAGAAAAGUCUGAAAGGGCGAGCAAACGAUGCCAUCGCAUCUGCCUGUUUGUACAUCGCUUGCAGGCAAGAAGGAGUUCCUCGCACAUUUAAAGAGAUCUGUGCUGUUUCGCGUAUCUCUAAGAAGGAGAUUGGCCGCUGCUUCAAACUCAUCCUGAAGGCGCUAGAGACCAGUGUGGACCUGAUCACCACUGGAGACUUCAUGUCUCGCUUCUGCUCAAAUUUGGGUUUGCCUAAGCAGGUGCAAAUGGCUGCCACCUUCAUUGCCAGAAAAGCCGUGGAGUUGGACCUCGUACCCGGCAGGAGCCCCAUCUCUGUGGCUGCAGCUGCCAUCUACAUGGCCUCCCAGGCCUCUGCAGAGAAGAAGACCCAGAAAGAAAUUGGAGACAUUGCUGGCGUGGCGGAUGUCACCAUCAGGCAGUCGUACCGCCUGAUCUACCCGCGAGCUGCAGAGCUAUUCCCUCCCGACUUCAAAUUUGAUACCCCCGUUGAUAAACUCCCCCAAUUGUAAAGCUGCUGCUGUCUGUUAUAGUUACAGGAUUCUCUUAAUUUCUUUGAAAAUUUGAGUUGUAAAUAAAGUUUCAUUUUGUAGGAAAAAUAUAGGGUUCUAUUUUGUUACGUUUAUUUGAAUGAUUCCAAGUUGUUUAAAAAUAAAGCUUUUCA